CGGGACCCGGGCGUUACCACCGCCCACCAGCUAGCACGGAGUCGCGGUCGCCCCCAGCCCGGCUAUGGUCGCCCAGAGCCACCCGCUGCUCGCCAUCCUACUGUCGGCGCUGGGUUUCAAGGCGCUGCGCUCGGCGGUUCGGGCACGGGGACUGGCCCCUCCGCUCACAGACCCGACCCGGGCGUGGAGAUGGAUCAACCUGCACGUCUCGCUGCUCCACUCGGCGCUCAGUGGACCAUGGGCGCUGCUCUGUGUUUACAACGCGCCUGAAAUGUUAACUGACAUUUUUGCGUUCCAAAGUUCCUUUUCGUACUCGCUUGUCUGUUUUUCCACAGGCUAUUUUCUCCAAGACGUGGCUGAUAUCAUCCUGAAUGGACAGUCUCGAGCUUCCUGGGAAUUCCUUUUACACCAUCUCCUGGUGAUUUCCACCUUCCUGUAUAUAGUCCUGACCCAACGCUACGUGGCUGGAGCUGUCAUUGCCUUGUUUGUUGAAGUAAACAGUAUCUUCCUCCAUGCCCGACUGCUCCUGAAGCUGGCAAAUGCACAGGGCUCUCUGCUCUACCACUACAAUAAGUAUAUCAAUGUUUUCACCUACAUUGUUUUUCGACUCUCACCCCAGUUUUACCUCACUUGGUUUAUGCUGAAGAGUCUUGGAGCCCUCCCGCAUGCCGCCUACAUCAAUCUGUCCUUGAAUUCGGUCAACAUCAUGAUCCUGGUUUACUUCUGUCGCCUGAUCCGUACAGAUUUCUUCAGUAAGCCGAAACACUGCUUACAGAAUGGAAACAAUAACACAAAGUUUGUGGAUGAUUAAAAGACCCCAGCUUUUGAAACCAAGGUUUGCAACAAAAACAAAAUUGUUGAAUUAAUCUGUGUGAACUACAGUGCCCUCCAUAAUGUUUCGAACAAAGACCUAUCAUUUAUUUAUUUGCCUCUGUACUCCACAAUUCGUAAUGGAAAAAAAAUCACAUGUGGUUAAAGUGCACAUUGUCAGAGGGUAUUUUUAGGGUAUUAUUACUCAUUUUGGUUUCACCAUGUAGAAAUGACAGCAGUGUUUAUACAUAGUCCCCCCAUUUCAGGCACCAUAAUUUUGGGACACAAUAAUGUCAUGUAAAUGAAAAUAGUUAUGUUUAGUAUUUUGUUGCAUAUCCUUUGCAUGCAAUGACUGCCUGAAGUCUGCGAUUCAUGGACAUCACCAGUUGCUGGGUGUCUUCUCUGGUGAUGCUCUGCCAGGCCUGCAUUGCAGCCAUCUUUAGUUUAUGUUAUGCUUGUUUUGGGGGCUAGUCCCCUUCAGUUUUCUCUUCAGCAUAUAAAAGGCAUGCUCAAUUGGGUUCAGAUCGGGUGAUUGACUUGGCCACUCAAGAAAUGUUAAUAUUUUAGCAUUGAAAAACUCCUUUGGUGCUUUAGCAGUAUGUUUGUGGCCAUUGUCUUGCUGUAGAAUGAACUGCCGGCCAAUGAGUUUUGAGGCAUUUGUUUGAACUUGAGCAGAUAGGAUGUAUCUAUACACUUCAGAAUUCAUUAUGCUACUACCAUCAGUAGUUGUAUCAUCAAUGAAGAUAAGUGAGCCAGUACCUUCAGCAACCAUACAUGCCCACGCCAUACAUGCCCACCACCAUGUUACACAGAUGAGGUGGUAUGCUUUGGAUCUUGGACAGUUCCUUCUCUCCUCCAUACCUUGCUCUUGCGAUUACUCUGAAAUGUUAAUCUUCGUCUCAUUUGUCCACACGGCCUUUUUCCAGAAUUGUGGUUGCUCUUUUAAAUACUUCUUGGCAAACUGUAACUUGGCCAUCCUAUUUUUGCAGCUAUCCAGUGGUUUGCAUCUUGCAGUGCAGCCUCUGUAUUUCUGUUCAUGAAGUCUUCUGUGGGCAGUGGUCAUUGACAAAUCCACACCUGAAGAGUGUUUCUGAUCUGUCCGACAGGUGUUUGGAGAUUUUUCUUAAUUAAAGAGAGAAUUCUUCUGUCAUCAGCUGUGGAGGUCUUCCUUGGCCUGCCAGUCUCUUUGCGAUUAGUAAGCUCACCAGUGCUCUCUAUCUUCUUAAUGAUGUUCCAAACAGUUGAUUUUGUAAGCGUAAGGGUUGGCUUUCUCUGUCUCAUAAUGGCUUCUUUGACUUUCAUUGGUACAACUUUAGCCUCAUGUUGAUAAACAGCAAUAAAAGUUUCCCAAGGUGAUGGAAAGACUAGGUGCUGAGAGCUCUCUUAUACCUGCAUUAUGGAGGCAAUUAAACACACCUGAACACCUGUGAAGCCAUGUGUCCCAAACAUUAUGAUGCCCUGAAAUGGGGGGGAACUAUGUAUAAACACAGCAGUAAUUUCUACAUGGUGAAACCAAAAUGUAUAAAAAUACACUUUAAUAAAAUCUGACAAUGUGCACUUUACCCACAUGUGAUUAUUUCAAUUACAAAUCUCAAAUUGUGGAGUACAGAGGCAAAUAAAUAAAUUAUAAGUACUGGAGUAAAAUUACUUACAUGUUAACAUUGGCGUUUGUACAAGGUUGCAUUUUAAUGUGAUGUAUGUAAAGGCAAUGACAUGGCUACUCCAGAAAAGGAGAACAUAACACAGCCAGGGUGACUACUGACUAUGUAUUAUUCUUUGUUAGCCAAUAUGGCUAGAUUGGGUAGGAACUUUAACGAAAAAAACACUUUGUGCUGUAAUUGUUAGGUUAAACGUUACGUGAAUGUUUUCAUAUAAUUCACAGUAACAUGGGAAGUAAAAGAGUGCAAUAAUACAUUUAAAGAGGUCUCAUUGAGUUCCUCUGAAAGUUAAAACACCUUUUAUCUGGUAAAUCAAUAAGGAAUUUUGAUCUGGUACCCAAUCUCUGGACCAAUCUCUACUGUGAUGUUGGGGAUUCAUUGCAUUCCUGGUUUAAGGCAGCAAAGUAACACUGAUGAUAGCUAUCCAGUAAUGGUGUGUGUCAAAUGUACAGCAGGUUUGGGGCAGCUUGCAUCAAUUAAUAUGCCCACACUGUGGCCCCUCCGUAUGGCUGCAGAUGUGGACCCUGGAUAGCAAGGCUUUGGCGAGGGAGGAGCACAUCACAGCUCCAAUGACACUUGUCAAUUUUCAGAUUUGAGUAUUCAGCAGAACUUUGGACAGACUCUGCCCGGAAAGGAUGUUGAGAAUGGAAAUGGAAGAUUAUUCAAUUUUUUAAAUUAAAGUUAAAAAUUGGCUUUGAGAAGUGUCUUUGUGCACAUAACUGUUUUGCCAUUGGCUAGACAUUUCUUAUUCUUUAGCAUUAAAAUCACUGCUAGCUAUCCGUUGUAAAGCUGGUUGGAUUAACUAAAACAUCGAUACAUUCCAGGAUUGUGAGCAAUAUAAUGGUAGGAAAUCCACUGAGCAAUUUAUUCAUACCUAUUUAUGGCAAUAAUAAUAAAUUUGCCAAUGUUCAAAGCCCGAGUGCGUCUUCCAGCAGGGGAUGGUUAGGAGUGCUACUCAUAAAUUAGCAGCGGCUUCUAACUCAUUUUAUAAACUUUGAUAAAACAUCCCACAACUUAAGAAAAAAAGUGUAUGUCAACAGUGAAAUGUCAACUGCUGUCAACUUCUGGUUUAUUCACCAAUGAAAUUCCAUUCUGUGGUUGCUGUCCUUCUGCAGAGGACCUCAUAACAUCAUAUUAUAUUAAGUGCUUUUGGUGUUAAUGGCACUAUUACAAUUUAAAAUUGAUAACAUUUAUAUUACUUGCAUUAGGAGACAUUUCAAUGGAGAGCACCAGAAUAUUCAAUCAGUUUGUGUACUAAUUUGGCAAACGGGCUACAGUCCUAUUUGUGCUGAGAAUGAAAGCAGGAGUGUGUGUAAUUCUCCAGCCCGUGGUUUAAAGCCAUUUCUAGUAUGUUGCAAGUUGAUUGAGAAGGUGCUGCAUGGUUGGUAAUUUCUUGUUUGUUAUUGAGGCAGCCCUACUGAUAUCAUAUAUCACAGCAGAAACACAAUGUUACUGUUUCACAAUUACAUCUUGUAGAAAUAAAACAGAUGGACAGAAUUUAUAUUUUGUAGUUUCCAAAUUUGCAGACAAAUGUGUUCUCAGUGUCAGCAGGGUUGGAUUUCAUCAGCACUCUCUUGCUGUUCCAAAAUUUUCUAAACAGUAAAUUUCUGCCUCAGCAGCCAAACAUUCCUGAAGACACGUGGCUGCCAAUAAGAGUAAGCUGGAUAAAGCAAGAAGAACUGGGAGGGGAAUCUGAGUUAACUGUUUGCUGCAGGAUUUGUACUGCUCUUGGAACACCUCUGUGGUGGUGGUGGUACCCUGGGGGCUUUGUCCUGGGGGAACAGCCCUCCAUUAUUGCCUGUAGCCUCUGGCUGUUUUUUAUAAAUGUGUUUCAGGUCUCUGGUGAAUUGCUCCCACACACAAGUCUUCCAUUUUGUUAACAUUAAAUCUAACAUCUGUUACAAAACCACUCUCUCCAAAUGGCAAAGAAACAUUCUCAAUAAUAAUGAAGACUACUAUUUUUAUGACACAUCCUCACUUUAUAUGUUGACGGCACAGCAGUAGAGUUGCUGCCUUACAGCAACAAAGACUUGUGUUCAAUCCUGACUACGGGUAUAUUCCACCUGUGACCACGUGGGUUUUCUCCUGGAGCUCCAGUUUCCUCCCACAUUCCAAAGACACUCAGGUUUGUAGUUCAUCGGCUUAUGUAAAUUGUCCCUAGUGUGUCGGACUAGAUCUAGUGUGUGGGUGAUUGUUGACAUUGACAGUGAGCAGAAGGUCCUGUUUCUACGCUUUAUCUCUAAAACUAAAUCUAAAACUAUAUCAAACACUGCAGGGUUUUGUGGUUGGAUGAUGCUACUAUCAGUUUGCCACAUGCCAUGAAAGUGAUGCUACCACACGUGCAUGAAUGAAGUGUAGUAACGGGAUGUUGCCGAGCGUUAUACCCAGCUCCUCCACGGGACCUGACAUUGCCGCUCCAUGGGGCUGCUGUUGAUACCUUUGCCAUAGCAAAUCAAAGAUUUGAUGAACUAUCUUUGUGUGAAAUCUACGCCUUGUUGAAUGAAAUGCAGCUAAACUCUUAACGGUGUACUAAGCCACAAACUCCCUUCUAACCCUGAAACUCUAAUUUUAUAUGUGUCGUCUGAUUUGUCAGCAUAACUAUUUGUAAAUUCAAUGGUUUUGAAAUGAAAAUAUCUUUUUAGGCGUGUUUCAGUUUCUACCUUUGUAUGUGUACAUGUGUGUACAUAUCAAUUUUUAAUUCACUCUUUGAUUGCCCAGCACCCAAUCCUCUUGGUUGAAAACAAGAUAAUCGUUUUUAGUUAUCAUGCGACAGGCAGUGAUAUCCAAUGGAUAAAAGUGGACAGACUCUGUUCUCCCUGAGACCAUAUAUAACCGAUUGAUAUUAAAUGAUUGCUGCAAAUCACGGCACAUUAUGAUAGCUUGACAAAAUUCAUGAUUUAUGAUAAAAAAUUGCAUUUAAUUAUAAUCUGUAAUUGUUUGGGAUUUCACUUUAUUGUAAAUCAUGGAAAAUCUAAUUUUAAAGAGACUGCAUUCACUGUACAUCAAAAAAAACUAAAGGUUAAAUAGACGAAAGCUAUCAGUCAGAUGAGAUUAUCAAUGAAUGAUCCCAUCAACAGGAUAUCGUCCAUCUGAUGAUCAUCACUGUUACACUUCAAUCUAGUUUGCAAGUGAGAAACAAAUUUUACCUUUUUAAUUAAUCUGUGUGCUGAGCGAGUGUUGGAAUAUUACGGAUAUAGAUGUACUGGAGGAGUCUACUUUCAUUAAAUUCUUUGGUGCAACCAACAGGAUUUGUUGCCUUGUGUAAAAAGAGACAAAAUGUAAAAUUUUCUAUGUUUUUCACAAUCUUUGACAAAUAAAAUUGCAUUCUAUUAA